AGUAGGAAAAGUCAGCUGACAUUCGUAGAGUGUGUGUAUGUGUGUUUGAGUGAAAAAUUGUCAAGAAAACACUCCCUAAAGAUGUCUGGAAAAGAUAGGUUGCCGAUUUUCCCUUCCAGAGGGGCCCAAAUGUUGAUGAAAUCUAGGCUAAAGGGAGCCCAGAAGGGUCACAGUCUUCUCAAGAAGAAGGCCGACGCUCUGCAGAUGCGUUUCCGCAUGAUUCUUGGCAAGAUCAUCGAGACCAAAACGUUGAUGGGCGAAGUUAUGAAAGAGGCUGCCUUUUCUCUAGCUGAAGCUAAAUUCACCACAGGAGACUUCAACCAGGUUGUUCUGCAGAAUGUGACUAAAGCUCAAAUCAAAAUCCGCACCAAGAAAGACAAUGUAGCAGGUGUUACUUUGCCUGUGUUCGAGAGCUACCAAGAUGGCACUGAUACUUAUGAAUUGGCGGGUUUGGCUCGUGGUGGUCAACAAUUGGCCAAGUUGAAGAAGAACUAUCAGAGCGCUGUGAAGCUCUUGGUUGAAUUGGCGUCUCUGCAGACGUCUUUCGUCACUUUGGAUGAGGUCAUCAAAAUCACGAACAGAAGAGUCAACGCUAUUGAGCACGUCAUCAUACCAAGAAUAGAAAAGACUUUAGCGUACAUCAUCUCCGAGCUGGACGAGUUGGAGAGAGAAGAGUUCUACCGCCUGAAGAAAAUCCAGGACAAGAAACGCAUUUCUCGCGCCAAGGCUGAGAAGUACAAAGCCGCGACGAAAGCCGCCGAUGAUGAGAAGUAUGCUGCUGCGAACAUGUUGGAUGAGGGAGACGACGACAUCCUCUUCUAAGUAUUAUUCCUACACUCAAAAACGAGAUAUUAUUCACACGCAUACAUACACAAUCUUGUACAUUUUGCAAUAUUACUUUUAAAAAUAUAAUUUAGAUGUAAAAUUAUAUGGCAUGUUAUAUAACGUUUCGGUUUUUUUUAACCGAAAUCCACAGAAUGAUGUCGUGUUCUAUAUUUCUUUUUAUUUUCGUUGUCUUCUCGUUCAAGUCUGGACGGGCCCAUAAAAUUUAUUAAUAUAUAUAUAUACCUAACGAAAUUCCAUAUUUAAGUUCUAAUAUUCCAUUUACUUGAUCCAUUUUUAGGUGUCUAGUGUGUACAAAUAUGUUGUCAUUGUUGUAUUUAAAAAAAGAAAUGCAUUAUUAAAGUUGUUGAUGAACUAAGUAUAUAUGUAAA